UGUGGCCACAUUGUGUUUCCUCUGUUGAGAAACGUGGCUGCUUAGAGUGUGGUAUGUUGGUUAUGAAGAACGUUCCUUAGUGUGUUUUAGUUAGUUUAUUGUCAGAGUUUCUUUUCACCAUGACAGAGGAGAAGCAGAGCGAGAAGCUGCUCGCACUCAACCCCAGUGAAGACGCCGAGUUCCGGAAAAAAGUGCAGCAUGUGAAGAAGCGACAGAAAGCGGCUUUAACUCCAGGCGUGGUGUAUGUGGGCCACCUUCCUCAGACACUUGCCGAGCCACAGCUCAGAUCUUACUUCUCUCAGUUUGGCAAAAUCCUGCGCUUGAGGCUCUCAAGAAGUAAAAAGACUGGCCGGAGUAAAGGUUAUGCCUUUGUGGAAUUUGACUGUGAUGAAGUUGCCAAGAUUGUGGCAGAGACCAUGGACAACUACCUCAUGGGAGAAAGGCUGAUCAAAUGUCACGUGGUGCCACCUGAGAAGCUCCAUGAAAAGCUCUUUGUUGGUUCUCAGAAAAUGUUUAAGAAGCCCAUUCGGCCUGCAGUCGCACGUUAUAAUAGAGGCCACGGCCCAAAAGAAAUGAAGAAACUUUGUGGAAAGCUGCUAAGCAAAGAAUCAAAGCUUCGCAAGAGAUUGGCAGAAAAGGGCAUCGACUAUGAUUUUCCAGGAUUUGCAGCUCAAGUUUCAGCAAAGAAAGCUCUGUCAGAUGCUGAUACAUCUGUCUGCAGUGAGGACACCACACCAGUUUGUACUCCUUCAGUCCUGGAGAAGAGGAGAUCUAUAAAAGUCAAGGAUGAUGAAGAUGAUGAUGAAAUUGUUCUCAAAAUCCCAUCAAACAGUGAAAAUGUUGAAGACACUGAAGAAGACACGGAGGAGGAAGAUAAUGAGGAAGGAUUAGAAGUGGAAGAGGGACAGUCACACACUGCUGAGGAUUGAAUCUCUGUUCUGAAGAGGAACUCUAAAGAGCUUGAAUCAUGAAAAUGGGCCUUAAUGACAGUCUAGAUUUGUAUUUGGAGGUUUCUCAGGCCCUCUCAGGAAUGGAGGGGUGUUACCUGUACAGCUGAUGGCCUGGGUUGUUUUAACUAAGGAACCAUUUCAGCAUAUGUAUGUCAGAUGUUCGAUUAAUCUGACAAACCACAAGUGUGGUUAAUCUGCUCAGUUUUGUUAAAAACUAGAAAGCUUGCCUAAAAUGGCAUAAAAUGUACAUACAAGCUUUUAAAAUGAAUCCUCUUAUUCAAAAGCAGUGGCCUAAAUGCUAGGUUUUAAGUCACAUUUUUAAAGUGUUGUACCUCACUCACUUGUACAUAUAGUAGGCUCCUUAUACUCCAUUGGAUGUGGCUUUCAAGUAAAGUAUUAGAAAUGCAAAUUUAAAUGCUGAUGAAAGAGGUGAGGUUGAUUGGGUUACGUUGUGGACAAUCAGUGUUGCCUAAUGUUGUUUGUGUUUUGCCAUAUCCAUGGAAAAUAAUUUACCAACCAAGAGGAUAUGGGCUGUAUAUGGAUUAAUACUGGUUUUGGAAAAUCUAAAUAUUUAUCCUUGUGUACGAUAAUACUUGUGUAAAUAAAGUGAAUGUACCCAAAGCAAA